AUGGAUAGUCGUAUUCAGAACAAAACUUAUGAUAGAGUUAUGGUUCCCACAAGGAUGAAUUCAUUGAGAGAGAUGAAUCCAUCAGAAAUACAUAGAAUAAACCAAUUUCAACCAAAUAAUAACUCAUUUUUAUAUCACGAAAUUCUCAAUUCAAAUACAUCACCAGCAUUAAUAACAGGUAUGUCAAGACCUACAUUAGAAAAUAAUGUACUGGAUUCGAUAAAUUCAUCAAAAACAUUGUAUGAUAAUUCACUAAACUAUAAACCUAUGUUAAAUCAAUGUUUAGAACAUUCAGCAAACUUAUUACCAUAUAUAUAUACCAAUACAUCCAAUGGUAAUAUGAUCUAUCAUCGUAAUGCACAUCAAGAAGUACUCUUAUCCCCGUCGACACAUCAUACUAAUCAAUCUGAUCUAGCUGAUUCAUCAUUCUCAUCAUUAUCACCACCAUUGGCAUCUAAAAGAUUUCGAAAUAAUUUAACACGCUCAACACCAAACUGGACUUGUUUAUGCUCAAAUCAAAUGAAUGAAAUCAAUGAAUAUAGAAAGACACCAAUACAAUUUAAUGUUAUGAAAAAUUUCAAUAGUGAAUGUGAUGAUCCAAUGCAAACUAAAAUAGAUUCUAAACGAAUUCAUCGAACACAUGAUCAUCAUAUAAGAUCAAAUGAUAAUAAUUUAAUGAAUUUAUCAUCAUCAUCUUCUUCAACAUCAUCUCCAUCAUCAACAUCAUUUGAAUGUGCACGAAGUUUCAUUCGAUUACGUAAUGCACGUGAACGUGAACGUGUUCGAUGUGUGAAUGCUGGUUAUGAAUCAUUAAGACGUCAUUUACCAUUAACAAUAUUACCUGAUAGAAGAUUAGCUAAAGUUGAAAUAUUACGUGGUGCUAUUAAUUAUAUUAAUAAAUUGAAAGAAUUACUUGAAAAAUAA